AAUCUGCGUUAAAAAAACUUUUGAGAAUCGAAAGAGAGGCUAUAUGAAAAUAAAACAACAAAUAUGGAGGCCAGAGGUUGGUUGGAUGGUUGGAAGGGAAAUUGCUGAUCGAAAGACCCUGGCUUGAAAAACUCUUGUAAUAUGGGUGGAGGUAAAUCAAAAACCCUUGAAGAUGCAAGUGAUACGGAAAAUAAUGAUACUCAUAUCUACAAUGUUGAUGUAAAAGGAAAUCAGUUACCAAUUGUGUAUUCUGAUGAGUACAACAUUACCUUUGGUGGCUUACAAAAGCUUCAUCCAUUUGAUUCAGAAAAAUGGGGAAGAAUAGCUGGAUAUCUGAAAGAAGCUGGUAUGAUGAGUGAAGAUGAUUUUGUGAAACCAUUAGAGCCAUCAACAAAGGAUUUAUUGGUUGUGCAUACAAAGGAAUAUUUAAAAAGCCUACAGAGAAGCUGGACAGUUGCAAUGAUAACUGAGGUACCUCCUGUAAGUCUGGUGCCAAAUUCAAUUGUGCAGAGGCAUUUGCUGCAGCGUUUAAGAUUACAAACAGGAGGAACAAUACUGGGAGCAAAGCUGGCCAUCGAAAAUGGCUGGUCAAUAAAUAUUGGCGGUGGAUUCCAUCAUUGCUCAGGAUCCAGUGGUGGAGGUUUUUGUGCAUAUGCAGAUAUAAGUUUAGCUAUAAAGUUCAUGUUCCGAAAUUUUCCGCACAUAAAGACAGCGAUGAUAAUUGACCUUGAUGCUCACCAGGGAAAUGGGCAUGAAAGAGAUUUCAAAGACGACGAUCGAGUGUAUAUUUUAGAUGCCUACAAUAAUCAUAUAUACCCAGGAGAUACGGCUGCAAAACGGGGAAUUAACAGAGAAGUGAAGCUGAAAUUCAAUACUGGCGAUGAAUUGUACAAUUCUCUCAUCAAAAGCAAUAUCGAAGCAGCUCUCGCCGAAUUCAAGCCUGAUUUUAUUCUUUAUAAUGCUGGAACAGAUAUUCUUGAUGGCGACCCACUUGGAAUGCUUAGUAUAAGCCAUCAGGGUAUCAUUGAGCGGGAUGAAAUAGUUUUUCGAUUGGCAAGGAAGAUGGAUAUUCCCAUUCUAAUGGUCACUUCUGGAGGCUACCAGAAAUGCACGGCAAGAGUUAUUGCAGAUUCGAUUUUGAACCUGAAGGCAAAAGGGCUGCUUGACAUUGUCCAUUGCGAGGCUGAUAUGCACGCUGGCGCUGGUGGGAGUUCCUUAUAGAACAAAUGAUCGACAUCCGUGGCCACUGUCGAAGCCUUAUAUAGACAUUUGUCAUCGCCCCAAUUUUGUAUUUAUUAUUGGUUAUACACUGAAACAAGGAGAAGAUGCACAAUGGAUGGUGCAUGUCUAAUGGACGGAAAGUGCCCAAAAGACGGAAGGUGUGUAAUGGACGGAAAGUGCCCACUAGACGGAAGGUGUUUAAAGGACAGAAGGUGUGUAAUGGAUGGAAAGUGUCUAGUGAACAGAAGGUGCUCAGUGGAAUGAAGGUACCCAAUGAACAGAAGAUAAACAAAAUGACGACAUCAAAAACUAUAAUCCCAUCAGCCGUCAAAUUGGACCUUCACAAAACUCAGCUUGUCUGAUUCGCAGAUGUGGUGGUUGUUAAAUGAAAAUAAAUGGCUGGCUGAAUUAUGUAAAUUGUUAAAUAAAUUUGUUUUGAGACAAACCAGUCUAAUAUGUUAUCUGUGUUACGUAGAGCUGUUUCGAGAUACCCGUAACUAGUAGUAAACUGAGCAAUUUGGAUUAAAAUGUUUUACGUAAAAACAUUCAAAUAUUCGAAAAGAAGAAUUCUAAUCUUUAUAUUAACCAUUUGGCGGGUCUCAUAGAGGAUUUGCUGCUUCUAGGGGAGCAACCUGAUGUAUUUGAUUAUGUCUUUUGCAUGCUGCCUAAA